AUUUGUUAUCGCCUAUUGCCUGGCUUUAGCGGAAGUCCUUGUGUCUCUGGUCUACGUACGCAUUCGUUCCCACCACACUCGUCAUUUGUGUGGCCCCCCUCCCUCCCACCCUCCCGACCAUGCAGACCUGCUACAACUGCGGGUGUCAGGAGAUGGCCAUCAAGCGGCUUGGGGGCUUGAAGGAGGGGCAGCGGCCCUGGUCGGUCAAAGUCUGCAACGACUGCUUGACGACCUGGAACCGCGACGUCUCCGCCGCCAACGUGAUCCGUGUGCUCCUCCUGCUGAAGCUGAUGGGCUUCGAGCGGCCGACCAAGCUGCAGCGGCCGCCAUGGCCGCCGGCGGCGGCGGGGCCGGGCUGAGAGCCUGAACGGCGCCAGCAGGGCGUGGGGCUGAGGGUGCACGUGUCGAUUGGCGGCGAGUGACGUGACUAGUUUGUUAGCUGCGGGUUAGCACGGACUGUGCACCCCACCCAACCGGCCACGUCCGGAUUUUGCGGGGAUGCGAAAGGCCCCCAACAUAGAGGCGUGUGCUUAGUAGGCGCCCGCGUCAAGGUGGCUGGGUUGAUAACGAGGGGAGGGCUCAGCCCUUUUCCUGCCUCCCUAAGGCAGCCACCUCCUUUUUAUUAUGUGCAUGUUGUGUCUCUGUGCAGCCCACCGCUUUCAAACGACAACUGACAAACGGUGAAACGGGCACACGGCAGUGGUUGCGGAACCUGCAAAUUCGCAGAAGCGCAAGCACCGGAUGGCCAGGCGAGGGAGAAGGCAUGGUGGGCCAUUGAGCUGUUUGUGGUGGUACACACUGGUGUGUCGAUGAGUAGCCGACUAGCCGUCCGGCGUUGAUGUCCCUGCGACGGUGCGGUACGCGGGCCUGCGCUGCUGCGUUUUGAGGGCAGGACAUGUCCGGUGUGAGCCCCGCUUCGGAGUCAGCAGGUGUACGAUGUGUGAUGGUUAUGACUUAUGACCUACCGCUUUGGAACAACAUCUGGCAAACGGUAGCCGCAAUCGACGCGGGAAAUUGGUAUUGGCUGCGGAGCCUGUCAAGCGGAUGCAAAACCUUCCAGGGGUUGCCCACUCGGCAAGUCAGCAGGGCCAGGGGAGGGGCAGAUACAGCAGCGCCACAACCUCAAGACGGCAGAUGGUAGAUAAUUGUCCGAAAUAGUGUAACGGACAAGCAUG